AUGGCGCGCGGCAUUCCCCUGUGCUGCGGCGUUAUUGCUUUCUUGCUGCUGCAGACCUACGCAAACUUCACCCCGGACUGUCGGUACCUUGCCAAUGGGCAGGUUCAGGAUGGCGUCGGUUCUUUCGCCGGCACGAGUGCCCACCGAUUGGUGUAUUGUGAUGAUCAAGCAUCAUCUGCAACUACAGCGUGUUGUGCCUAUGGCGAGUUGUGCACUGCCGACUCGAUCUGCUAUAAUGCAUCGUCCUCAGGCACUGACCGCUGGUACGUAGCUGGAUGUAACGAUCCAGACUACGAAGCUUCCGUGUGCAGGAAAAGCUGCGGUUCCAACUCGCUCACAUAUAUACAAUGGGAUUCAUCGACGGAUCUUUGGCAAUUCUGUGGCGAUGGCGGAUGUAGCGGAGGCGUGACCAACGAAACCUUUUCAGCACCUCCGCCGACUGAAGUACAACAUCUACGUACAAUGCUUCGUCAUCGGCAACGCCUACUCCAAACCCAGCGUCAACCACUUCGCAAACGGCAACGUCCUCCGCACAAAAUACGUCGGCAGGGACAGAACCCACCUCAAGCCUCUCAGCGGGCGCGAAGGCGGGGAUUGCGAUCGGUGUGGUAG